AUGGAGUUGCAGGGUCAAAGCCUCAUCUUGACCGUCAGUGUCUUGACGUCGCUGGGUUUUAUGCUCAUUGGUUAUGACAAUGGCCUCAUGGGUGGUCUCGUCAACACUACAGCCUUUAAGGAUACAUUUGAUGAUCCUAAUGCCGACAUGAUAGCUGUCAUUGUCGCGAUUUUUGAAGUUGGAUGCUUCUUUGGCGCCAUCUUUACAUCCAUCUGGGGCGAAAGGCUUGGUCGUCGUUGCUCAAUUCUCAUCGGCUGUAUUGUCUUGAUGAUCGGCGCUAUCCUCCAGGCUGCUUCUUAUAGCCGAGCCAUGAUGAUCGUCGGCCGAAUAGUAUCUGGUGUUGGGCUUGGUACCAUCAACUCGACUGUCCCUGUUCUGCAAGCAGAGUUUAGUCCCAAGUCCAGUAGAGGAAUCUACGUCUGUGCUCAACUUUCGACUCUCAACUUUGGCAUUUUCCUCGUCUAUUGGAUAGACUACGCUCUGUCUUCUCAUCACGGGAGCUAUGCCUGGCGUGUCCCUGUCAUUCUCCAAUGCGUCCCCAUCUUUGUCAUAAUCGGCCUCCUAAAAUUCAUCCCCGAGACGCCACGUUGGCUGGCAGCACACGACAGGCCAGAGGAGUGUCUCAAGAUCCUCGCUCGGAUUCAUGGUACUUCCGUCGACGACCCUGAUGUGCGGCUCCUCCACAGUGUUAUCACUCAAACCGUCGCCUACGAGACGUCGAUCGGCUCCGGUUCCUGGAAGGACCUCCUCAAGGAAGACAGCAUCAAGUCUCGCAAGAGGCUGCUUCUCUCGUGCACUCUCCAAUCCUUCCAACAACUUGGCGGAAUUAAUGCUAUUAUCUACUAUUCAACUACCUUGUUUGAGAAGAGCAUCGGCUUCUCAGCUCAUAUGUCAUCUCUCAUGUCAGGUUUCUUACAGACAUGGUUCUUAAUCGCAUCUUUUAUUCCAUGGUUCUUGAUAGAUCGCAUUGGACGUAGACCUCUGCUCCUGUCAAUGACAACUGUCAUGGCUGCCACUAUGGCCGUCCAGGCUGGCUUGAUUUACCAAGUGCAGAAUAACACAGCCUCGGCACAUGCUUCUGGAAUUGCAGCAGCGGCAAUGCUUUUCAUCUUCCAAGCAGCAUUUACCAUCGGUUUCCAAGCAACUGUUUGGGUCUACCCCUCUGAGAUCUUGCCCCUUCGUCUUCGACAGCGUGGUUCUUCUAUUGCCACAGCUUCAAAUUGGAUCUUCAACUAUAUGAUUGUACAGAUUACUCCCGUCUCGAUCAACAACAUUGGCUGGAGAACAUACAUCAUCUUUGCAGUAUUGAACGCUUUCUUUGUCCCUGUUAUCUUCCUAUUCUUCCCUGAGACCAAGGGCUUGGAGUUGGAGGAUGUUGACCAACUUUUUGGCGGAGAGGAUAUUGCUAAGGUCUUGGAUAACAAGGGUGAUGGGACUGUGGUCACGGUGGAGUCUGUGAACCGAGAUGGAGCUACCUAG